AGGAGCGCGCGGCCGCGAGCGAAGGAGGGAGGGAGGGAAGGAAGGAAGAGAGGGAGGCGGGCAGGCAGGCGGGCGCGGAGGUCGGGGAUUGAGGCUGUGGAGGGAGGCGAGAGCCCGGCAGCCGCUUCGCGCAGGGUUUGCUGCGCGGGCUUUUGGAGGGGGCGGCCGUUGAGUCGGCUGACGAGAAGCGGGCACCGGCGGCGCUAGUGCUGGCGCCUGGGGGCGGGGGGACCGGAGAGGCGAGAAGGGGGGUCGCUGCGGUGGUGCUCUGGCUGUCGCGCUCUCCUUGCCUGGCUGCCGGCUCGGUGGGCUCCUCCCGGCGUUUCCCUCGCCUCUGGGGCCCCGCUCCCCGCCCUCCGCGGUAUGUCUUGAUCCCGAGCAGCGGGUUUCAUGGGGCUCCUCAGGAUUAUGAUGCCGCCCAAGUUGCAGCUGCUGGCGGUGGUGGCCUUCGCGGUGGCGAUGCUCUUCUUGGAGAACCAGAUCCAGAAGCUGGAGGAGUCCCUGUCGAAGCUAGAAAGGGCGAUUGCAAGACAUGAGGUCCGAGAAAUUGAGCAGCGACAUACGAUGGAUGGCCCUCGGCAAGAUGCAGCCUUAGAGGAGGAAGAGGACAUGGUGAUCAUUUAUAACAGAGUUCCCAAAACUGCCAGCACCUCAUUUACCAAUAUCGCCUAUGACCUGUGUGCAAAGAAUAGAUACCACGUCCUACACAUCAACACUACCAAAAACAAUCCAGUGAUGUCACUGCAAGAUCAGGUGCGCUUUGUAAAGAAUAUAACUUCCUGGAAAGAGAUGAAACCAGGUUUUUAUCAUGGACAUGUUUCUUAUUUGGAUUUUGCGAAAUUUGGUGUGAAGAAGAAGCCAAUUUACAUUAAUGUCAUAAGGGAUCCUAUUGAGAGGCUGGUUUCCUACUAUUAUUUUCUGAGAUUUGGAGAUGAUUAUAGACCAGGGUUAAGGAGACGAAAACAAGGAGACAAAAAGACCUUUGAUGAAUGUGUAGCCGAGGGCGGCUCCGACUGUGCUCCUGAGAAGCUCUGGCUUCAAAUUCCAUUCUUCUGUGGCCACAGCUCCGAAUGCUGGAAUGUGGGAAGCAGGUGGGCUAUGGAUCAAGCCAAGUAUAACCUAGUUAAUGAAUACUUUCUGGUGGGAGUUACUGAAGAGCUUGAAGAUUUCAUCAUGUUACUGGAGGCUGCUUUACCCCGGUUUUUUAGGGGCGCUACAGAACUCUACCGUACAGUAGGAAAGAAAUCUCAUCUUAGGAAAACCACAGAGAAGAAACUUCCCACUAAGCAAACCAUCGCAAAACUACAGCAGUCUGACAUUUGGAAAAUGGAGAAUGAGUUCUAUGAGUUUGCACUGGAGCAGUUCCAGUUCAUCAGAGCCCAUGCUGUUCGAGAAAAAGAUGGAGACCUCUACAUCCUCGCACAAAACUUUUUCUAUGAAAAGAUUUACCCCAAGUCGAACUGAGUCCGAGGUGUGACUGUUAGAUUCCUGAACAAAAACUUUGACGCUGACGUCACCUUCAUUCUCAGCUCUGCAACCUGGAUUGCUGAUCUUGUGUAAGAUGGUUUGUGUCGAGCUGAGUUAGAAUCGGUCAUGUCGAGGAAGUAGAUGCUGGCUGCUCUGUGUUGUAAAGGGUUUAAGUUUCAAGCAUUUUUCUUUUUUCAGGUUAGAUUUUGGUGAGAAUUAUAAUCCCCACUUGCCUAAGGGAAAACAAGCUUACAUCACCUAAAAUAAACACAUGGCAGGUCUAAUCAAAAAGCUAAAUGCAAUUCAGAAAAGGGUCUGAUAGUCUAGUUUUUGAUAAAGCAUUUUUUCGACUAACCAUGAAUGAAGAUGAAUCCAUUUGCCACUUCCACCUUCCCCAGGGGUUUAGGUUAGAAAUAGCGGUGGUAACUUGGGCAGCGUGUGCUUUGUUUCUGUGAAUCACAUCUCAUGAAACUUAUCCAGCUGUUUGUAUUUGCUAAGAAAUGUGACUGCUAUAGUUGGAGUUACCCAUUUUUAUGUAGGUGGUUUUAAAUUUUUUCAAUAAUCAUUAGUGUUAAAUACCAGUUUAAACCAUGAAUAAUGCUAUAAGAAGAUGAAGAAUCAAGGCAGUAUUGCUCAUUCCUGUCUCCCCAAUAUUUAUUAUUGGGAAUACACUUCAAAGAAGGUUGGCAAUGUCAGAAGUUUUAGCUAAGACUUAGGUGCAUUAAUAUAAAAAAGUAAGUUUAGUAUUUGUUCCUCCAGGGGUUGUUUGUCAAGAUGUAAACUGAGCUAUCGGCAACUAUUAAGACUCCAGUGGUGAGCUGUGGUGUGGGUCGGGUUUUCUUACUUCUGUACUUUUACCUGUAGACUAUUUUUACUAAGGUGCUUUAUAAUGUGUUUUAAAGCAUUGCAUUUACAAAAGAAAAAAAAAAGGAAAAUGCUGUACAUAGUGCAUAUUUUAUGUAUUUGGACCAAAAAGUUAUAAGAAACUAGACAAAAGUGGUUUUGCACCAGUUUUAUUAUGUCAAGUAAAACCAUCAGACCUACUGUUCUUGUAUUUCUCAUUUAACUGUACUGUUAAGACAUCACUGACAUGAAUUUCAAUGACCCUUCAAUUUUGAUACACAAUGCAUUAUUCAUAUCUGGAGGUGGUAGUUGCGAUGGAAAGAGUACUGGACGUGGAGUCAUAAAACCUGAUUUCUGGUGUUGGCUCUGCCACUUACCAGCUGUUGUGACUUAACCUCUCGUUGCCUCGACUUCCUUGUCUUGAAAUGAGGCUGAUAAGACCUGCUGUACCUACCUCACAGGGCUGUUGUGAGGCUGAGAUGAGAGGGCACGUGAAGCACUUUGGAGCUGCAAAGCAGUGAAAAGCGUAAGGUAUUAACUGUAGAAACAUCUUUAACAUGUGGUUUCAGACCAUUCUUUUUUUUUUUUUUUCCUAACAGAGAAAAGUCCAUUUGGGGUUGGGAAAAAGUUAAUCUUGAUGUAAAGUCGUGUUUGAUAAAUAUCUUCUCAGUGUUUUAUCUUCCAUGUUUCAACAACUAUUGAGCUGUGAAACCCCUGUGAACUCUUAACGAUUCCUGAGCAGCUGCCCGAGUGCCAGGGGUUCUCUGUGGGAAGUGGACUUCAUUAGCUGACCAGGGGCCCGGAAGCCUUGCUCUGCAAAGUCGACAGAUUUCUUUUUUUCUCUUUUUUAUUUUAUAUUGCCAUUCAGAAAUGGUAGCUAUUUUAUACCUCUGCUUUUUAAGGUAUAUUUUACAGGGUUUGAUUUUCUUGUUCAUUCUUCCCCUUCUUGAAGUAACAAAGAUAAAGAAUUUUAAGAACCCUUUUCUAAAAAGAAUAAUCUUUGAUAUGUUUCACUUAAGUAAAUAUUUCUUAAGGCUUCACCAAACUGCAAGCAUUUUAGGCAGAUUACGUUAAAGGUUAUUAAUUGUGUGGGAGAGAGGGAGGGAGCACUACUUCCAGAAAAUAUGUGUAACCCAAUCAAAGGAAUGACAGAAUCAUUUUAGCACCCUUGUCCCCCAGUAAUAUGAAAAUAUUAAGAGAACAUAGCCAGAGGGAGGAGUGAAGCCUAGUGGUUAAGGUGCCAUAAAAGACAUCUGCAUCCCACAUGGGGCAUUCCUGGUGCUGUUCCCUGGCUCCAGCUCUGUCUGCUGCUUCCUGCUAAAGCCAACCCUACAAGGCAGUGCUAAUAGCUGAAGCACCUCCCACAUGGGAGUCCUAGAUCAACUUCCUGGCUCCUGGCUUUGACCCAGCCCUGUCCAGCCCCCUAGUCAUUAUGGGCGUUAGGAGAGUGAACCAGCAGAUGGAAAUAUCCACCCCCCUCUCUGCCUCUCUGCCUUUCAAUGUGUUUUUUUUAAGAGAGGGAACAUAGCUAGACAUAUGUACUUUUCUGGAUUUUAUUUUCCCUUUAUUUUGUUUUAAAUUAACCUCUACAGGUAUUUGCUGAAAACAUACAAAUUAUUUCUUCACCCAAAAGUAAAGCACCUGCUAAUGGAACACACCACAAGUUAUUCUCAGAGUACAUGCUAAGAUCAUCCUGAGGUGCAUUAACUGUUUUAGAGACCUAGAGUUGCACUUAGUAGUGCACUGGAGCAGGCUCAGUAAACUUUCUGUAAAGAGCCAGAGAGUAAAUUUUUGGCUUUGCAGGCUAUAUGGUCUCUGUCACAGUUCACACAGUUCAACUGCCAUUGUUGCACAAAAGCAGCCAUUGACAUCAUCUAAACAAAUGAGCAUGGUCAUGUUCCAGUGAAACUUUACCUGUAAAAACAGAUGACAUACUAGACAGGAACCGCGGGCUACCAGCUCCUGCACUAGAGAAAUCAGGAUUUAUGGAGAAGUCAUAUUUUCAUCCAUAUUCAAGUGACCUAAAAGAGUUUAUAUGCUCCAAAAGCUCCUGACAUAUCCAAAGAAUAGCACUCUGAUUCACACAUUCUCUCCCACAGAGUCACAAACUUUUAGGACUUCUCUUGCUUCCUAGUUUAACAGUUCAGAAUAGGUGCAUUUAUUUGGUCAUCUUUUAGGGUAGGAGUGUCCUUUCUGGAGACUGAGAAAAGGGCGGAUUUAAUUCCAUCCAGUGAGUCCUUAUGAUGCCUACCUUUGUAAUCGGUCACAUGUGUGGAGCCACAAAGGCAGUAAUGUAUUUUUUUAAAGUGGCAAAUGUGGUUUUCUUUGUUUCGGCCUUUGCGCUUUUUCAGUAUUUUGAUCAUAGGGAGAUAUUUUUUUUAUAAUACAAAAGUAAAUUAACCACUCUGAAUUUCAAAGUAAUGUUACGUGUGUAUGUGUAUAUAUCUAUAUCGAUAUCUAUGUUUAUUUCCUAAAAGAGGAAAAAGUACCUUUUUGUUCAACUUGUAUCAACACCUGUUUUCUAAUUGCUGUGAAAUGGCAACUGUUGAUAAAUUAUUGUGACUGUUUUAAAAUGUAAUGGGGAGGAUAUAUUUUGAUUUUUACCCAGCUUUAAUCUGUAAAGUAUCACUUAAAUAUAUCUGAUAGUAACACUUAAA